AUGCCGAGCGAUAUUCUCGUCGUCGGUGCCGGCAUUGCUGGUCUCGCCAGUGCCAUUGCCCUCUCCAACGAGCUCGCCCCCGUUAUUCCUGGGUUGAAAAUCACAGUGUAUGAUGGCGCAUCUGAGCUCACCACGUCGGGCGGCGCCAUCAGUUUAACGCCGGUCGCUCAGAGGUAUCUCGACGAGCUAGGAGUCUUAACCGAGUUGAAUCAGAUGGGCGACCAGGCUGGUAUUGAAGUAGAUGCCAUUGAUCUAUUUUCCGUGCGUGCCGGUCGCCGUUUGGGCCCCCUCCGAUUUACCGACGAGAACGGACAUGGUUACGGUGGCUAUAAGGGUCGUCGGGUGUUGCGCAGCGCUUUGUCGGAGGCCAUGCUGGCAGUGGCUCGCAAGCUGCCGAAUGUGUCGGUUCACUACGAUAAAAAGCUAGUCGGAGGAAGCACAACACCGGAGAAUGUCACGUUGCACUUCGAAGACGGUUCAACCGCCACGGGGGACUUGGUUUUGGGAUGCGAUGGGGUUCACUCGGCGACACGGACGAAAAUCGUAGAUCCUGGCAACCGAUCUGAAUAUACUGGUGUCUCUUUCAUACAAAGCAUGGCCGACGCCCGGAACUUUACCGCAUCGAUGCCCUUCACUCAAACCGCGGUACAUCUCGCCCGGCAUAGCUCGCUCCUGACGAGCUACUGCGACGCAAAACACGAGAAGCUCUUUGUGGCGGCAAUCGUCCGCGUGAGUGAACACCUGAUCGAGAAAUAUCAAGCAAUGUCGGGAACGGACCUGGCGGCUCAGAAGAACAUGAGGAUGUCAAUGCGUUACCUGGUCCGGGCGCAGUUCGGCAUGUCAAGCCUACCGUACAUCCGCGAGAUCAUUGACCGAACCGAGGAUUGGAUGCUAUACCCUGUGUAUCAGGUUCGCCAACGAGGGAAAUGGCACACAGAUCGGAUACUUUUACUCGGCGAUGCCGCGCACGCAAUGCCUCCGCGCGAUGAAUCGGCGGCGUAUGCUGUAGAGGACGCGAUCAUAUUUUCCAAACUCUUGGCCCAGAACCCCGACUGCCAGCUGAUCGCAUUAUUUGAAGAAUAUGAAGAGCUUCGGCGAGGGCUAGUUAACAAGGCAUUCGAUGCGUCACGCAGGCUGUGGCAAAGUGACCUUGACAAGGGCCUCUUUCCCGGGCAAACUCGCGAUCUGAUGUCUCCUGUUCACCUUCCACCUGACAGCUGUGUUGGAAAGCGUGCCACACAGCCGAUAACCAAGACGAAUUUACCCGCUCCGACCCACGAGAGCUUCUCAGAUCUGUCUGUGUACUCAUUGACCAGCGAUCUCGGGCGGACUGUCGACGCACCGAAUGGCAGUUAA